UCUCCGUAAGCUCUUCUAGAAACAUGUCAAAAUGUUUACUCCAAUCAUUUAGUAGAUGUAUUUCUUUCAACUACCAACGGCGCUGGCGGAUGAAGUAAACAUCACAUGACAUCCCGUAGUCCCGUUUCUCCAGCAAAGCUUUGAAUUUAUAUACCCAAGUUGAAUAUAAAUUUCUCGAGUUUUAUAAUCUUGGAUUAUUGGGCAUCUCUUAGCGUUUUUGGAAUUGCCUUACUGUUUUAUUACAGAUAUCAAGUUGCUGAUACUAUGUCUGAACAAGAACAAGCCCCAAAAUCCAUUUACGAUUUCACUGUCAAGGAUAUUCAUGGAGACGAUGUGCCGCUGAGCUCUUACGAGGGGAAGGUUCUUCUCAUAGUGAACGUUGCUUCUAAAUGUGGUUUAACACAGUCAAAUUACAAAGAAUUGAACAUUUUGUACGAGAAGUACAGGGACCAAGGUUUUGAAAUUCUAGCAUUUCCUUGCAAUCAGUUUGCUUGGCAAGAACCUGGAACUAAUGAGGAAAUUCAGGAAACUGCAUGCACUAGAUUUAAGGCAGAAUUCCCAAUAUUUGACAAGAUUGAGGUCAAUGGAAAGAAUGCUGCACCCCUCUACAAGUUCUUAAAGUCGGAAAAGGGUGGAUUAUUUGUAGAUGCAAUCAAAUGGAAUUUUACAAAGUUUCUCGUGAACAGAGAAGGAAAAGUUGUGGAGAGAUACGCUCCUAGGACGUCUCCUCUACAAAUUGAGGAAGAUAUAAAGAAGCUUUUGGGAUCUUCUUGAGAACCCAAGACUUAAUGAUCCCAUCUAAAAAUUUCAAGGGUUCGAGUCUUGCUGCUGCAUAUUUGUUGGUCAUAGAUUGAAUUACUAAGCUAUGCAACUCUCUUUCAUGUUGUCAAUUACAAAUAAUGUGUAAUAAAUGGAUCAGUAUAUAUUAUAUAAUAAAUCUGCAAUCUGAAUCAUAACUAAUUUAUUUUCGUUUU